CCCUGCUUAGUUGCCUACUACUAAUACGGUACUCCUAACCAUGGAUUCGAUCAGUUCUACAGCUCGAAGCCACAUCCAGGGACUGGGGUGUUUUCCCCAGCCUCGGCAUCCUAGCUUCAAAGGCUUCUCACCUUUAAGCGAAAAUCUCCCCCAGGUUACCAGAAAUAUCAAAUGACCGAGGAAUGACCAUCGGGUUCCAAUGUCGCUUCGUGGCUGACGGUGGCGCUUUCCAGAGCUAGUCGGAAAUAACGAGCAUGUCUCGAAUCUGGUUCCAAGUCUUCUGCCAGUUUCAUGCCGAAAUUAGUCUUGCUGCAAGUGUUCAUUCAAAUCGCUUCUCUCCGUGGUUCGGCAACCUGAUCCGGUUAUGGCAAUAUCAACGUCCGUGUGCAAGAGCCGAACGAACUUGCUAUGCAACGAGGCUGGAUGACCAGCCGUGGAGCACUCAAGAUCCUCCUAGACCGUACCUAGUUUGCCGACCAGUCCGACGUCUGAUUGCCAGAGAAACAGGCACCACAACUACUGAGCCCAUCAUUGCAGCUCGCUAGACCAAAGCUCUCCCCCGCUAUUGCCCUGCCGCCCUGCCGUGGGCACAACGGCGAUGUUCGCAUUGGCGACCGAGAGUAACCACGGCAGGAAUGCGGCUGUUCACCACCAUGCUCGCGCCUAAACAAUAACACAACAAGGCACAGACCUGGGCGUCAAGAACUUUUGGGGCGCUGGCCUGGCUCCCUAGGACCUAGGUACAUCACAGCUAAGACCUGCAUGCAAGGCCGGGCGAGCGUGGAGAAUCCAGCUGGAAGACGCAGAAGAAGUGGACGAACAAAGAUGAAGAGGAAGAGGAAGAAGGACCAAAGUAGCGGUGCGGUGCGCAGGGAUCAUUCCUGUUCGUUGCAACCCUGAUCGUCAACUGCCGCCAAGGGUCGGUGGUCGUGGCCGAAGGCCGGCUUCGAACUGAGGGAACAGACUCGCGCUGGUGCUAACUCACAGACAGAGAGAAGAGAGAGUCAGGACGCCGACGAGCGAGCGAACUAAUCAAAACAAUGGCGCGAGUGGCCGGGCAUGGCCGCCCUACUAUUACGAUGCCUUGCAAUUUGGCUUUGGCAGCCAUCUCCUCAUCCUUCUCCGCCUCUUCGUCUCUGGUACAUGGACGUUUCUCUCACUCGUCCAGAUCUCUCAUAUAUGACUUGACAAAAAGUCUCUACACCAUCCAUCCCCCUGCAAGCGCAAAUGCAUCCAAGUACUCACUCCCUUCGCACCCCCCAUGAUCCAUCCUUCACCCCCAACCCAAUUAUGUCAUGCAUCAUGGCUUCAAAGUAUCCUGGACCCUCUUGUAAUUUUGAUACCCGUCCCUUGGUCUCCACCGCCUCGAACAAGGCCUUAUACUACCUUGCCCGUCCCGCAUUCGCUCACCGUCGCAUUUGGCUUGUCACUCCCGUGCUGCGGUGUCUAGCUAGAUAUAUAGACACUUCUCCAUGCUGUUUGGAGCCACAGAGGUUCGCGCUUGCUGCCUGACCGAACAGCUCAUUGCUCAAACAUGCAGCUUUGGGUUCAAGUCCUUUUCUUCAUAUACUGUCCUUACUACCGUUCCCUUGUCACAUUGACUGCCAGAGUUGCUUUUCUUUCCGACUUUCCGAACCCUGCCUCUCUUUCUUGAACAGUCUUAUGGCAACCAGAGUCAAGAUGAGUUCUUCAUCGUCUUCGCGCAAGUCGCGCAGAACGACUAGCAUCUCCAACGUCAUGUACACCAACGCGGUCUACUUCCCCAACGAACGGAUAUACCAAGGCGACACGCCGGGCGCCAUGAACUAUGGCUGCAUCAACCAUGUGUAUUACGCCUUUGCCAAUAUUUCGCCUGAUGGAGGUGUUUUUCUGAGCGACGAGUGGGCCGAUGCCCGCGCACCAGUCGAUGGCGUCCAGGGUGGCCUAGGGUCUCUCAUGCACCUCAAGCAGAAGCAUCCCCAUUUGCAAGUUAUUCUAUCCAUCGGGGGCGGCAAUUCCAGUGCCGUGUUCCCCGUGAUAGCUGCAAAUACACUCUACAGAGAUAACUUUGCACGGUCUGCGAGAGGCCUGGUCGACGCGUCGGGCUUGGAUGGCAUUGAUAUUAUGUGGGAGUAUCCUUGUGAUUCUCAGCAGGGCCACCAUUUCCUUGCUUUGUUGGCGGCUGUUCGCCUUCAUAUGCCCGAAAGUCAUUAUCUCCUUACUGCUGCGUUACCUGCCAGCCGAGCGAUCUUGCAGUACAUCGAUCUGCAACGAACGGCCGACUACGUCGACUACCUCAACCUCAUGGCGUACGACUUCGCCGGCACAUGGACACACAGAAGCGGCCAUCACGCACAAUUGUAUGCAAUGAGCAAGGACGAAACCUCGGGCGCAUCUACCGUGCAGUAUCUGGUCUCGCAAGGCUUUCCCUCGCAAAAGAUCCUCCUCGGCAUUCCCCUCUACGGUCGCAGCUUUCUUCAUGCCACUGGGCCGGGACAAAAGUUCAAGGGAAGUGGCGGGAACAAUGGGACAUUCGAGUACAACCAACUUCCCCGUCGGGGAACGAAGGAAGUCAUUGACAAGAAGUCUAUCGGGGCCCAAUGCGUUGGAGCAGAUGGCGGCUUCGUCACUUAUGAUAACCCCGAUACGGUGAAGAUGAAGGCUGCAUUUUGCAAACAAAAGAGCCUAGGAGGACUAUUCUACUGGAGCGGACCAGCAGACGCAAAGGAGAGCUCACGGAGUCUCAUAGCCACCGGAUUCAGAGCUCUGCAUAGUUCCUGAUGGGCUAAUUUACCUCAGAAUGGAUCACCUAGAGUGCGUCCAAGACAUUCAGCAACAGUCCGCCGACACGUGUCGGCAAACCUCGGCCUCACGGGCCGGAAGGCAGUGACAGACAGACGAUAAUUGCAUUUACGCGGAGUAAGGGGAUCGACAGCAUCUGACAAGGGGGGCGACAUGGCGUUCUUUUUUCCUCCUUUAAUUCGGCGACCUGCAUCACGGACUUGUUUCUUACUCGAUUUUCGACAUUUGCUCAGUUUUUACGAAUGAUUCCCCCUUGAACCUUUUUGAUCGACGCAUCACCAGGCGGCGGCGGCAUGACUGGAUUUUUGGGGGCGGGGAAAGGACACUUAAAAAUUUGGGGCGGCUGAUGAUAUCCCACGCGUGGACCAGGGGUGGCGGUGUAGCUGACUUUGCAUGGCAUCAUAUGGCUUCUCUCACGAUUUCUCUACCUUCACGACGGUUUUGCAUCAUGACUCAUAUUAUAGAAGAAAGCGAGACGAGGGAGAGGGUGGCAUUGGGCGGAAAUAUCUGGUGGAUGGGAAACAAAUUUGUAUUUCUUGGUAGGCGUCUGGGCGCGUGGGACGCCGUUGACUCGCGUGGGCGACUCUGUCUCUCGGUCUCUCACGGGCUCUUACGACGAGAAAGCCGGAGGCCUGGAGCAAAUUCAAUGGAACACACAG